GUGUGGAACAUUGCAUACGCUGACUGAGCAGUACAGUACACCUGUUACGUGGGCGCUCGACAAAGGCAGUUCUUUUAAAAUGAAGCAAGUCAUCCUCGCUCUCAUAUCGCUCUGCUUCUUCGGCCCUUUUGCAGAAACGUGCGACUCCACAACAAUAUCCGAGGCCAACAUUGACUGCUACAAAAGAUUUGAAAAGGAACACGGCGGCCUUCCCCGAAAACCAAAUGAUCCAAUUGAGCCAACUGGGAAUAUAAGAUUACUCUGUUGUAUGUUAAAAUACAACAAGUAUUGCGUUCCGAAACUCCUAGAAGACAAAGGAUGCCACCCCGCUGCUGCUCUACAAUCUGCGACGGAGAUAGAGACAAGAAUGAAAAAUUGUCCAACAACCAACCCGAUAUGCGUCCCUCCACCACAGUGCAAGCGAGGCUUACCCGACGCCAAACUCAUUUGCGAGUACAGAUAUAAAAAGGAACAUGGAACCACAGCUCCAAAGCGUCGUGCAGACCUGCAAGCGAGAGAUCAGGGCCGCAACAAGGUGUACAAAAAACGUUGCUGGUUGUUCGACGAGCGCCCUUUGUUUGCACAAAAUACGGGUUUCUCAGAAAAGGGAUUUACGGUUGUUUCAGUCACAGAGAUGCAGAAGGUGUGGGUUCGAGUCCUACAGCUGGCUAAGCUUUUCAGUGACUUUCAUCCUUCACGUUUCAUGCCGGACAAGCUCGCUGAGAACAUGGCUUCUUUCAGUGUUAAGCUGGUGUUUACGGAGAUGGUCAUUCGGACACCGUCCCUUCUAGCCUAA